CACUGACGACUGGAUCCUUCCCACUCCUGUCCAGUAGGUGGCGGAAUGCACAAUAUAAGUUUGUUCGCCCACCGCCAAAACAUUCCAGAAGAAGAAGACGAAUCAGAAUCGUUUGGCGCGGGUUUCUUGUCUGUGUUUAAUUUAAACCGGUUUUGUUUUCUUUUUCAUCAUUUCGCGCUAUCGUGUUUUUAUUUGUAGUAUUUUCACUUUUCCUUCUGCCGAAGUCUCAUUUGAUUGUAGAACGCUGUAGUUCUUUAUUCUAAAGACAGCAAGCGGGGUCCAUCCCCAUCGGAUCCGCCUCCAAAUAAUCCAGUGCUCUUCCACUAAGAUGUACCACUGCUCAGAUUGUGGGAAGAGUUUUAAGCGUCAGUGGCAUCUCCACCGACACGAGCGCAUUCACACCGGAGAGAAGCCGUAUCACUGCUCGCAGUGUGGGAAGAAUUUUACUCGUCAGUGGCAUCUCCAACGACACGAGCGUCUUCACACAGGAGAGAAGCCGUAUCAGUGCUCGCAGUGUGGAAAGAGUUUUACCUGUCAGAGUGUCCUCCGACAUCAUGAGCGCAUUCACACAGGAGAGAAGCCGUAUCCCUGUGGACAGUGUGGGAAAAGUUUUACUUGUCAGAGUAAUCUCCAAAUACACGAGCGCAUUCACACAGGAGAGAAGCCGUAUCACUGUGGACAGUGUGGGAAUAGUUUUACUCGUCAGUGUGAUCUCAAAAUACAUGAGCGCAUUCACACAGGGGAGAAGCCGUAUUGCUGUGGACAGUGUGGGAAAAGUUUUGCCCGACUAUGUGUGCUCCAAAUACACGAGCGCAUUCACACAGGACAGAAGCCGUAUCAUUGUGGACAAUGUGGGAAUAGUUUUACUUCUCAGGGUCAUCUCCAACGACACAAGCGCGUUCACACAGGAGAGAAGCCGUAUUGCUGUGGACAGUGUGGGAAGAGUUUUACCCAGCUAUGUGCUCUCCAAAUACACGAGCGCAUUCACACAGGACAUAAGCCGUAUCAUUGUGGACAGUGUGAGAAAAGUUUUACUCGUCAGAGUGAUCUCACACAACACGCGCGUAUUCACACAGGACAGAAGCCGUACUUCUGUGGACACUGUGGGCGGAGCUAUGCUUAUUCAAUUUCAUUAAGGAGACACAAGUGCUCGAACAUAAAGCCGUCAGAUUUUGUAUCUUAAUUUGACAAGUUCACACUUUUUUAAUUUUCAUUUUUUAAAGAGAGGUAAAGAGAUUCAGGUAUAAAACUAUGAUAUAUUAUUUGUUAUGGACUGUAGUAUUCUGUUGCGUAGGACAUUAUUUCUUACUCUCUGGGUUUUAGCAGAAUUCAUGAUUUUAUGUUUUCCUGUUUUUUCCCCCAAACGCUACAAUAUCAAGCAUGGAAUACACAUUUAACCAGCGGGAAUGCCCACUUUAGUCAACCAAUCCAGACCUCUGAGUGAGACACAUGACUGACAUCUCCCUCUAACAUAAGACUUUUCAUUUGAAAUGAUUUGUAAAUGCGAGCUGGAAUUUGUUUGUCAUGUGUGUACUAUCGAACUGGACACCUUGUGUUCUGGACUGAGCUGUGGUCUUUUUAGUAAAAAGGUGUUUUGAGUUAAUUAGUGAUUAAUGAUUCGAGCUCUUCUCACGUUGACAUUUCUGUAUUAUAAAUCUUUAUUCUAAUAACUUUGAAAUAUUGGAUUUUUGCAGUAAGCCGUAAUCGCAAUUAAAAAAAAAGGGGGGGGCUUGAAAUAUUGCACUUUGUGUAAUGAAUCUAGAAUAUAUGAAAGUUCCACUUUUUGAAUUAAAUUAUGGAAAAAGUUUACUUUUCCAUGAUCUGAAUUUUUUUUUUUUUAGAUGCACUUGUGUUCCUUUUAAGAAAUAAGAUAAUGUUUGUAUGACCUGCAAGUCUUAGUAAUCCUGCAAUAAAAAAUCUACCAAAUUCUGGAUAUUGUCAAACCAGCAACUCCAUUUCCCAGAAUGCACCAUGAACUACAACCAUGGCUGACAACUACAACUCCCAGUGGAACACACACUCACCUUCUCCUGAGGACUAAUCUCACACACCUGUUCUCAAUCACACCACACUACUAAAGAGACUCUCAUACACGAGGUGUUAGUGAAGUAUUACACGCAGCUGACUUGUCUAUCGUUUACUAAGCCUUUACCGCGUGUCUUUGUGCUGGUUUUAUGAUUUUGUUCGUCCCUCGACUUUGAUUCUCUGCCUUGCCUAGUUUGGAUUGUUUGCUUGACCCUUACCUGUCUAUGGUUACUGAUUUCUGCCUAACCCUGUAUUUGUUAAACUGCCUUACCUGCGCCUGCAUCUGUCCUCAACACUUACUGCGUAUGUAGCAUUGAGAGAGUCCAUUAUCAGGGGUCUGGGUUUGAUGACUCCUUCUCACUUUAGUAAAUCACAUGUUUAACACACAGUAUGACACAAAAGUGAGUACACCCCUCACAUUUUUGUAAAUAUUUGAUGAUAUCUUUUCAUGUGACGACACUGAAGAAAUGACACUGUGCUACAAUGUAAAGUAGUGAGUGUACAGCUUGUGUAACAGUGUAAAUUUGCUGUCCCCUCAAAAUAACUCAACACACAGACAUUAAUGUCUAAACCGCUGGCAACAAAAGUGAGUACACCCCUAAGUGAAAAUGUCCAAAUUGGGUCCAAAGUGUCAAUAUUUUGUGUGGCC